AAAAAAAUAAAAUAAAAUAAAAAAAAAAAACAAAAUUCAAGGAUAUUUCUUCCCAACACAAUAAAAAAUAAAACCAACAAAAAAUCGAUACUUUUAUUAUAAAGAAAGAAACAAAAAUUUAUUGGGAUAAUUUUUCGCCUGAACGCAUAAUAAAUAAGGAUUACCGCACGUUUCGCAAACAACAUAAACCGCUGAACACAAACGGCAUUGCUGCUAUAUUGUGUCACGUUUGAAUAUUUCAAAAAACCGCAAACACUAUCAAAAGCACUUAAAAAACAAAAACUUCAUCAAAAAUAAUGAAUCAAAAAUUCAUCUACAGAUAAAGUUUUGAAGCCUCUUGAAAACCAACAUUUUAUCAGCCGAAAGAAUGAUAAAACAUCCCACAACCAUGAAAUCAAAUAUAACAACAAAAAGAAAUAAAGCCCUACCGUUGGUGCUUCUUUUCUUUAUAAGUUGUCCCAUUGGGUUAAACAGCGAAUCAAAUACAACUCCCUCAACUAGUUAUCACAGCAGCAGCAUUAGUCCCGCGUAUACUUCAUCAUCAACAACAACAACAAUAAGAGAAAAUGAAGAAAUUCAACCUUUCACGGAUGUGCCUCAAAAAAUUUCAACCUUCAACCCUAAAUCACUGCUUUCUGUUGAAGUAACAAGAAAUCCAAUUGUUGUUGCUGAUGAUGGUUCCCAAAUCAAAAUGUCAAAUCAAGUGACUACUUCUUCUUCUUCUGUUUCUUCUUCUUCUUCAACGGCGACGACCACGACGACGAUGGAUGCCUCCUCAUACCCAUCUUCAUUAUCAUCGUCCGAAGCAUCAUCAUCAUCAAUCGAAAACACAAGCAGCAUGCUUCGACCCACAAUCGUUGUGUCUACAUUGGUUCCAUCGACUGACCCCUUGGAAAUACGUGAACCUAUUUCCAAUCAGCCUGAAACCGAUCAAGAAAACACCGAUGAGCGUCCACCAGCAUCAUCUACUCUAGUUGCUGGUACAACAACAAAAACAACAACUAGCGAAGCAACCCCAACAUUAAAACCCUUACCAACAUCAAUCCCCACUCGAAAGCUGAAUAAAACAAAUGACCCAUUAUCCAUGACCACGACCCACGAAACUCUGAUUAAUGACGUACACGUGGAAAAGAAUCUAGGAAACGGUCUGUAUCGAAUUAAAUUAGCAGAAAUUAUAACGGACCAAUUUAAUGGCGGAAUUAAUCAACAUCUGGACAGUCCCAAUGAGAAUUAUAUUUCUUCUUCCCCUAAAACUCAUCCAACUGAUGCCGCCGCCGCCGAUACAAUCGAAGCACCAGCAAGUGGUGGCAAAAUCAAUAUUAUUGACUUGUAUCCCUUAAAACUGGAAGACUUCAACCCAAUUAUUAGAAAUUCAAAUGAAAAACUUAUCCGGGAGAAAAAUAUUUACUUUAAAGAUUUGCCAACCAAAUGGACGAGUCAUUCCCAACAGCAUCCGGUUGAAGAGGAAGAUGAUCGGAAUAUGUUUCCAAAUUCAUUGGACAUAAAUACACCCAUUGAGUCUCGCAUUGGGCGCCAUGAUUCAACUGCCGCCGCCAUAAUAAGAAUCCCAUCAGUCAAUCGACAAAAGGGUGGCAGUGGUGAUAUAACUGAUUUUACUGGUAAACUGCUUCAGGAGAAGGAUGGUGUUAUAACGGAAAUUGAGAAGAAAUUCCGGUUCGAUGAGUUUGAACAAUCAACAACAAAAUCGACACCAAUUUUGUCGACCAUCACUCCAAAGUCGUUAGUGAAUCCAAGGCCGAGACUGAUGGUGAAUCAUCAAAUUGAGUUCAUCGACAGACGAGUGAAGAAAAGUUUCGAUUUUCCGUUGCAUCAUGAGGCUGCCUCAAGGGUUGGCUUCUCAAAUACAAAGUUUAAAACUGACAAUGCAAAGACAGUAGCUGGAGCAGCAGCUGACACUGUAGAAAAUCAUCUUGCCGAUGCACAUCCAGAAUUUUCCACUACAAAGUUCUACAAUAGCAAGGAGUUGUACAAUGAAAUGCUUCAGCGGAGGAGAAUAUCUGCUGCUGCUGCUUCAAUUCAUACAACAACAGAGGGCGCUCGUGUUGAUACAACACCAACAACAUCCACAACAAAAACAACACCGACAACUUCAGGCCACGAUUUACACUCGACAACAACUUCAGCUCAGCUAAUUGCCACAUCCAACAAAUACACUAGCGCCAGCGUACCCAUAUCUAGUAGCACGGAUCUUGAAUCUGAGGCAAUUGGAACGAGUACACGUUCAAAGGCAUUAAAACGUGUUAAAAUUGCAUUGCAAAAAAGCAUCGGCACUCAGGUGGCAAUUCCGUUUGAACGUGAGACAAAUACACCUAAGGAUAGUCCUCCUCGGACUAAUGAGGAAAAGCCAUCAUCCUCAUCAACCAUGCCAGCAACUCUGUCUUAUUCAUCUCCAGCCCCUCCUUCUUCGAUGGAUAGGAAAAUCGAAAUACGAUCCACAACCUCAACGGAUGUGUCAUUAACACCAACUCCAUCAAAUAAAGUUAACAAUGUGCAGAGAACCAUCGUCGGUGGUGGAAGUUUAUUCAGAAAAUCGUCUACCCCUAGCCUCAACUCGAACUCGAACGCGAAUGUGAAUCCUAGCCCGACCCCUAUGCCAUUUUCAACUGUCGAUAGCCAGUCAACUACGACGACAACGACAACAACGGGUCCAACAAAGGCUUCCAAGUCGAAACCCAUUUCGAGGCCACGUAUCCUUUCGCGUCUGCAGGAAAAAAUCAAUUCCCUGGAGUGCGAUAUACAAACCCUGCCAUCGGAGUCUCAUAUAUGGCGUGGCAAUGAGACGCACGAGCUGAUGCUGCCAGUUGUGACUCCAGAAAGUUGUAAGGGCUUCAACGAUUGCAAUCCAAUGCUUGUAUCCUGGGAAGGUGAUGCCGAAAUUCAAUCAGGAGAUGUUCUACUGGUAGAAAUCAAUGAUGCAAGUCUGUAUCCCAAUUACGACAUCAAAAUGGGCAGCGGUCACACAACGCAAGUAUAUCAAGUAACCCGAUCCGGUCAUGAACAUUGUGAUGUCACCGAAGGUAUCCUUCUGGACAUAACUCCACUUGUGGUCGACGGCAGAAAGCUCGUUACACUCUACGAUAAAGAUCUCACCGAGGGAAUAAACUUGCUAAUUGUUGUGUCUGAGCUGUGGGGACCCCAAUGUAUUCGAUUGAAGGUCACAAUGAAGUCAGAUAACUGUGGAGAGAAUGCCGAUUGCUCGGGUAAGGGCAUUUGCUAUUCCAAUGAUUCUAUGGAAGGAUAUGAAUGCCAAUGCUGUGGCGGAUUUGCUGGUCCCCAUUGUGAGGAAAUUGAUGCUUGCUCGCCGAGUCCAUGUACGAACAAUGGCAUUUGUGUGGAUUUAUCUCAGGGGCAUGAGGGGAACGCCUAUCAAUGUCUUUGUCCAUAUGGUUACACCGGCAAAAACUGUCAAUACGAAUCAGAUCCAUGCAAUCCGGCUGAAUGCAUGAAUGGUGGGUCAUGUGUUGGGAAUUCCAGUCAUUUCAGAUGUGAUUGCGCUCCUGGUUAUACUGGUCCACUGUGUCAACACAAUUUGAAUGAAUGUGAAUCAUCUCCGUGUGUGCAUGGAAUAUGUGUGGAUCAGGAAGAUGGUUUCCGGUGCUUUUGCCAGCCAGGUUUCGCUGGUGAACUUUGCAAUUUUGAAUAUAACGAAUGUGAAUCGAAUCCAUGCCUGAAUGGAGCGGAGUGCAUAGAUCAAAUCGGUAGCUUCGAGUGUAGGUGCUCUAAAGGAUACAUUGGAAGUCGAUGUGAGAUUAAGGUGGAUUUUUGUGCCAAUAAACCCUGCCCCGAAGGACAUCGAUGCAUUGAUCAUGGAGAUGAUUUCAGUUGUGAAUGCCCCGGAGGACGCAACGGCCCGGAUUGUAAUCAAAUUCCAAGGACGCAAUGCAAUGUUAACCCUUGUACUCAUGGAGGAACUUGCUGGUCCAGCGGAGAUUCAUUCUACUGUGCCUGCCGGCCCGGAUAUACUGGGACAAUGUGUGAAGAUGAAUUUGUUGUGGAGACAGUUGUUAGCUCGAGUGAAUUUAUGGUGGACGAUACGAGCGCACGGAAUUUCAACGAUAAAGCCUUUGGAUCCGUUGUCCUGAAAAGCCCAAUUGAGCUGCAUAACGCGUAUAUUGCGGCUGGCGUUUUGGCAGCAGCAAUUUUUAUUGUUGCGGUUGUGGUAACAAUCUGCCACUGCAAAGUAAAUCAAACGUAUCGCAAAUUUUCAACACGAUCAACCUCUUUCUUCCCCAUACUCGGUUUUGGUCGUCGUGGAAAGUCAACAAAGUCUCAUAAACAUUGGCUAAGUGGUAAAGCUGGCAAUGGUCCCAGCAGUGGUGCAAGUUGCAAUGGAAACCCCCUUAAAUCAGGUCGAGGGCAUGUUCCUGGAACAGGACCCAAUCAAUAUCACAGUCAGAGUACGACAGGAUUGCAUCAACCUCCCCAACAAGCUCAUACAAGACCCUUUCAGCGACAUCUGGCAAUGAAUUUGGAAAAUGAUAUGUACUACACGGUCGAUUUUAGUGAACACUCACAGCACUCACCCCUAAUACAGUGAAGUGGUGUUGGUAUUGGCGGGAGAGCGGCACAAAAAAACGCCACGUAGAUCUAUUAAAAAAAGAGUUUAAAUAUAUUUAAGAAGAAUUAAGAAAAUAAAACUAAAAAAAAAAAUGAAAUAAUAGAAAUAAAUAAUGCAAAUUUGCCUUUGUUUACUGCAAAAUAAAAAUUAAAUUAAAAAUUAAAUCGCAUACGAUUUGAACGUGUGAAUAUUAUUUUUUGUUUAUUUUUUAAUUUAAAUUGUUUGUUAUAUUGUAAAGAUGAAGAAGAAUAACCAAAUCUAAAAUUAGCAAAACUAACUGUUCUUAUUUUGAUAUUUGAUAAAUUUAAGAAAAAUUUAAAUUAGAAAUAAAAAAAAAAAUAAAACAAAAAAAAUUAGCCGUAAUUUAUAGAUAAUCACAAAAUUGUAAAAAAAAAAAUGAAUGCUCAUGAUGCCAAAGAAAUAAAAUUUUAACUAUACAAUUAACAAUAAAUUUUUAAUUCAAACAAUUUGUAAUUAAAACGUAAACUAUAAAAACAAAGUGACUAGUUGUUAAGGCUUUUGGUUAAAUUGCAGCAAAGUUAAGGUUAAGCAUGGAAUUAAUUUUUU